ACGCCGUGCCACUCCCAUCACCAGCAGCCCGCGCCUCCUUCCUCCUCGUCUCCCACACUCACACUCCCCGGCUCAAACUCGGGCACGCAAACCGGCAGGCAGAGAAAGUUGGCAAUGGCGCCACGGGUUGCCACCGUCCUGUUCUGCGCCGCGCUGCUCUGCCUCACGGCGACGCACUCCCUCGCGCAGUCGCCCGCCCCGGCCGGCAACGCCCCGCCCAAGUCGCCCAACGCGGCCACGCCCACCGCCUCCCCCGCCCCGCCCGCCGCCGACGCGUCCGCGCCGCCCACUGCUACCCCGGCUGCCCCCGCGCCCAAGUCUUCCCAGGCCACCCCCGCGCCCACGAACGCUCCCGCCACACCGGCGCCGGUCAAGGCCCCGGCCGCCCCCGCGCCGACCAACACUCCCGCCACACAGGCACCGCUCAAGGCCCCGGCCGCCCCCGCGCCGACCAACACUCCCACCACGCCGGCUCCGGUGAAGGCCCCGGCCACCCCCGCUCCGACCACCACUCCCACCACGCCGGCGCCAGUCAAGGCCCCGGCCACCCCCGCGCCGACCACCACUCCCACCACACAGGCACCGGUGAAUGCCCCGGCCGUCCCCGCGCCAACCACCACCCCCGCCGCACCAGCGCCAGUCGUCAAGGCCCCGGCCACCCCUGCUCCUGCGGCCGCGCCGCCCACCACUCCAGUUGCCACCACCGCGCCGGUCAAGGCCCCAGCCACCCCUGCGCCCGCGGCCGCGCCGAUCACCGCUCCCGUCACUCCCGCCCCCGUCACUGCCCCCGCCGCAGCUCCACCAACUCCCGCUCCCAAGCCCAAGGCCAAGGCCCCUGCUGCAGCACCACCCGCCAAGGCCACCGCCCCCGCUCCAGCAGCGCUCCCUCCCACCGUCGAAGCACCCGCGGCAGCCGCGCCAACGCUCGUCCCCGAGGUGCCUGCCGCCGCGCCGGCCCCGCUGACCAAGCCGACCGACGCCCCCGCUCCGGCGCCGUCCAAGAAGAAGCGCUCGUCCAAGGACAAGAAGAAGACGAAGGCGCCCGCGCCCGCCCCGGUCGCCGCGGCCCCCGUCAAGGCCAAGGCCGUGGCGCCCACCACCGCCGUGGCCGCCGCGGCUCCCGGUCCCAGCGGCGACUCCACCGCCGCCGACACCGCGAGCGCCCCGGGGAGGAGCACCGGGAUGGCGGCGGCCGUGAUCGUGGCGGCGCUCGGCGCGGCGGCGAUGCUCGCCUAGGCCGACGAUCCCCGUCGAUCGGGCCGUGAUAAUGCGCCGGCCAUGUCACCCUUUUUUUCUCUUUUCGUUUUGUGUAUGUAAUUAUUUACGAGGGGUGAUGGACUUUGGGUCCUUUUCUUUCCUGUGUGGAGUAGAGCUCACAUUGUCGGGAUUCUUUUGCUUUGCUUUGCUUUGUGUUGAGAGGGAGGGGAGAGGAGUCACGGUGUCACAGAUGAUACGUACGAGAGACAGAUGAGAGGGAGAGGGGACGCUGCCUGUGUAUUAUUGUUAAUUUUAUUCAUAUUUAUAACAAUAUUUAUAUCACAGUUACCAUUACGUUUU